AUGGCAUUGGUUGUAAUCUGUGGACAACCCUGUAGUGGGAAGUCAAUGGCUGCACUCUGCCUAGCUGAGGCUCUCAAAGAAUCAGGAUGCAACCAAACAGUCAGGGUUAUUGAUGAAACUUCCUUUCAUCUUGACCGCAAUGAGAGCUAUGCCAAUAUGCCUGCAGAGAAGAAUUUAAGAGGAGUGCUGAGAUCGGAAGUUGAUAGAUCGGUGUCGAAAGACAGUAUCAUAAUAGUAGAUUCUUUGAAUAGCAUCAAGGGUUACAGGUACGAGCUGUGGUGUUUGGCUCGUGCUGCAGGAAUAAGAUACUGUGUUUUAUAUUGUGAUGCUGAUGAAACCCAUUGUAGAAAAUGGAAUGAAGAGCGCAGGGAGAAGGGAGAAGGUGCUUAUAGUGAUAAGAUAUUUGAAGAUUUGAUAAGAAGGUUUGAGACUCCAGAUAGAAGAAAUCGGUGGGAUUCCCCAUUGUUUGAGUUAUGGCCACAUAAAGAGGGAAUAGAAAAUACUUCUGCGGCCAUUGUAGAUGCUAUUUCGUAUUUGACAAAGAAGGCGGACUCAAAGUCACGGGAUGUUAAAACUUUGCAGCCAACUAUCGCAACACAGAAUACAAGGUUUUCCGAGGCAAAUUCUCUGUAUGAGUUGGACAGAGCAACCCAGGAGGUGAUCAAUGCUAUUGUGGAAGCACAAUCCCAGGCACUUGGAGGGCCUUUAAAUGGAGUUUCUGUUGGUCAGGGGUUACCACCUAUCAAUAUUUCCAGAGCAGUAGGGCUUCCAGAGCUUCGUAGGCUGCGGCGAACUUUCAUAAAAUUGACAGGGCAAACGAGUUUAAGUGGGCCGCCUCCGCCUUCUGAUGCAGACAAUGCAAAAAGGAUGUUUGUUGAUUACUUGAACAGGGAACUGGAAACUGCUUGA